CGGGUCCUGGCCAGACGACCUCAUCUCCCUGCUCCUUUCGACCAACCGUCACGCUUCCAUUUCCAACAACAACCAACCUCACUCCUACAACCUACUCUCUCUAUCCUUCUCUCCGCAGCACAAACAGCAACAAUGGCCGCCCCCUCCCCCUCCGAAUUCCUCACCUUCUACCGCCGCCUAGCCACGCACCCGACUCUGCGCCGGGGCUUCGCGUCGCCCGCCACGACGACCACGACGACCACGACGAGGCGCGCCUUCAGCGCCGCACCUGCGCGCCUCGGCUUCGGCAAGCCCAGCACCGACUCCAGCGUCAAGACGGACCAGUACCCAGACGACAAGCACACGACGAACAAGAGCGACGAGCUGGACGUGCAGAACCAGAGCAGUUCGGCCGGCAAGGCCUCCCACGCCAGCGGCACCGGCGGCGGCGCCACCAGCCGCAGAGACGAGCGCGGCAGCACCGCCAAGGCCAAGAAGGAGCACCCCGAGGCGCCCGACGUCGUGAUCGGGAUGCAGGACGAGCGCGGCGGCAAGGGGAACUAGACGCAGCCAGUGUUUCGGUGGGGUGCUUCUUCUCAAGUUGUAUUAUUCUUAUUAUUAUCAGCAUCGGCAUGGAGGCCCUGCAUGGGGUUCGUGCUGUGGCGCUUGUAAAUAUCAGUGGCGUUUAGCUCAAUCUGAAUGAUGUUCGGAUCGUCGCAU